CCUCUUCUCCACCACCUCGCACGCACAGCAUGGCGUCCACCUCUGCCUUUCAGGUGGUCACGCCAACAGCUUCCUCGUCCAAGGCUUCGACCUCGACACGCCCAGCCUCCUACCAUGUCCACCUGUCUGGGCACAGCGACCCGCGUCUAGAAGACGACGACGAAGAAACUGGCGGCGAGUACGGCGAUGACUACACCUCAUCGCGCACUCUCGCCACCCCCGGCCAACCGCUGGGAUCCCUCACAACCUACAUGCGCGGGCAUGGCACACAUCUGGUCGCCCCUCCUACAUCCUCAUCGCAACAAGCAGCAGCAGCAGCAGCAGCGACAAUCUCCUCCUCCCUUGCCGGGCGAGUCCUCCUAACCAAUCGUCUCCUCUCCCUCUCCCCUCUCUCUCAUCGUUACACCCCCGAGACGGGUGAUCUCCUCCUCGGAAGAGUCAAGUCUGUCCUCCCUGGUGCGCGCAAAUGGAAGAUCGACAUCUCCUCCAGCUCGGGAUCCGCUUCGCUUGCAUUAUCCGCCAUCAACUUGCCAGGAGGAGUGCAAAGAAGGAAACUCGCCUCCGACGAGUUACAGAUGCGUACCUUCCUCCGCGAAGGGGAUUUGCUAGUCGCAGAAGUGCAAGGAGUCUUUGCUGAUGGCGGUGUAGGUUUGCAUACUCGCUCUUUGCGAUAUGGCAAGCUGAGGAAUGGCCGGCUGGUGCGCGUGCCAGUGGGGUUGGUCAGGAGGGGGCGUAGUCAUUUCAUCAAGCUUGUGAGACCCGGCGGUGAAGGAGGCGAGGUGGAGAUGAUUCUUGGCCUCAAUGGAUGGAUUUGGCUGAGCGCUGUCGGUGCGAGAGAGGGGACCCCAGCGGGCGCUCAGUCCGCGGGUGAGGGAGAGGAAAACGGUGAUGAGGCGACUGGUAUGGGGGGCAGAGGAGUAGGAAGAGAUGUAGAUGCGUCAGGCACGUAUAGUGACGAGCUCAAGCUCCCACCGGCCUCCCUUCUGGACGACCUUGCGCUGCUCUCCUCCCUCCUCUCCCUGCUAGGCGACGCAUACCUUCCCAUAUCAGACGCUUCUGUCCAGCUCGCAUGGGACGUAGCUGUGCAGCAGCAGGCAAAGAAGGCAGAGAGGUCGUCUUCGCAACAGCAAAGAUUGUUGGCGGCCAUCCAGGCCGAGUUCAGGGCAAAGGGUAUCCUGGGUGGCAGCGGUGCGAGAGGACAGGAUGAGGAUGGUGAUGUUAGGAUGGACUGACGUGAGAGGGGGGCUAUGUACUUGUAGUGCGAGGAGCGAAGCAAUGAACCAUCGGUAGACACGAGCCAGCGAAAGACGUGCUUCGUCCACGAAUGAGGAGCAAGAAAG